GUGGCUUCCAACAGCAACAGCACUUGUGAGCGGGAUGUUUAUCUCUCAGGAAUGACGCGUGUUCUGUCGCCCUCUGGUGGCUGACUGCAGCACUGCGCUGUCGCAAUCCUCUUCAUCACGACAAAACAAAGCGCCCUUAUUAACCGGGAAAAAUGUCCCAGCGCUUCCGUUCCACAGCCUUUCAGUCGCUUCAGAGCAUGUUUGAUAGAGACCGAGAUCUCGACAAGACGAUCCUCGUGGGGAACAUCCACAGCUGUGUGACAGAGGAGAUUCUGUUCGAGCUGUUCCUGCAGGCCGGGCCGGUAGACGAGGUGUGUAUCUUCAGAGAUGGACAGCAGGCUCUGUAUGGAUGUGUUUAUUAUAAGCACGCUGAAGCUGUUCCCUACGCAGUCGAACUUCUCAAUGGAAUCUGGCUCUAUGGGCAGCCAAUCAAGUUACAGCGCAAAACCGAUGGACUUUAUCAUAGAAACGAGGUGUUUUCAUACCACACGGGAAACGGACUUAUAGCAGACAGUGCAGAUGCUGUACAACGGGAUGAUGUGGUUUUGAAUUUAAAUCGCAGUCGAGUUGUGGAGAUCCAAUCUAAUGAAGCAUACAGCUGGAGUGACAUGGUGUACAGCAGACGUCUGCAGGUGUGUCCUCCAGCUGUGUGGUUCUUUCCUCCUCUCCAGUUGUGUCCUGGCUCUGGUCACUCAUCUGGGACGUCUCUCCACAGGUCAGCCAGCAGCGCAGUGGGUUGUAAUUUUCAGAAGGUGCUGUACGGAGAGCGCUGUAUGAGCAUCCUGACACCAUCUGUUCCUGUGAGCGCUUUUAUCAGCUCUGAUUCAGACUGCAAGCUCUAAACCAGUCAUAUCUGUGCAUGCUCUAAUAAAGCCAUCUGAAUGCA